AUGACAGGCAAAGGACGCAAAGGCUACGACAUGACCGGCACUGCGAAGGAGCGCCCUCGUUACACUCCGAACCCCAACAAUGGCAGUGCUUCUGGAACCGCCGCUGCUGAUACGGCUUCAACGGAUACUGGCACCGCGACAUCUUCCACUGCCUCUCCCGGCGGUGCUGUGUCUGCGUCUGCGUCUGGUGAUGUUUUGUCUGCGUCUGGUGCUUCUCAGUCUGCGUCUGGCGCCGCUCCGUCCGUCUCUGGUGAUGAUUAUGGUAUUCCUCCCUCCGCCUCUGAGUAUGCCACUGGUGCUGCUGCAUCUGUGUCUGAUGGUGCUGCUUCUGCGUCUGGUGGUGCUGCGUCUGCGUCUGGUGCUUCUCGGUCUGCGACUGGUGCCGCUCCGGCCGGCUCUGGUGCCGAUUCUGGUAUUCCUCCUUCCGCCUCCGAGUCUGCCACCAGUGCUGCUGCGUCUGGCUCGGCCUCUGCGUCUGGCUCGGCCUCUGCGUCUGGCUCGGCCUCUGCGCCUGAGUCCUCCGCUUCUGCAACAGAAACGGAGCUACCGACCCAACGACCAAGCCCAGGGUUCAUCCUGGGAGCCCCGGGUUUCUCGCUGUUCAACCCGGACAGCGGCCGUGGCUGGCCUAUUCCGAGCGAGUACAAGUCAACCGUAACUCGAAAGACCCUUAUGGCCGAGGAGGAGGCUGCUCGUGCGGCUUCUGCUGCCGCUUCUGGCGCUGCUCAGCCUGCUGGUCCGACAUAUACUACUGGUCCGCCUUCUGCCACGGCUCCGUCUUCUGCCACGGCUCCGCCUUCUACCACGGGUCCCUCUUCUACCACGGGUCCACCGGUCACUCGGGCUGCCGCUCGGAGACAUCAUAAUGCGCUACAAAUGCAGCAAAUUGGAGGCCUUUUGGCACCCCCCGUCCCUCUUCCUCGCACUCGACAACAGCACCGAGUGCAGCGCCAAUAUCGUCCCAUCUCCCCGGCUCCGGCUCCGGUCACUACUGGACCUUCUGGUCGCCCUCACCCUCGCCCUCGUCAUCUUCUUCCGGCUCCUGUUCUCGCACCGGCUCCUGUUCUGAACGUCCCAACGCUGAUUUUGACCGCGCCCUCUGUUCCUUCGUCCUCCGACGAUGACGAAGAGAUGCAUGACUCCGACCUUGAUGCCGAGGGAGAGACCGACGACGAGGCUGACGCCGACGGCGAGACCGACGACGAGAUGGCUGACGCUCCCGAGAGCAGUGGCAGCAGCAGCAGCCGAGACCGAAAGGGAAAGGGCAAGGCUACCGAGUGA